GUGGGGGAGGAGCCGAAAACUUGCUUCAACGGUCUGCGGCGCCUGGCCUGCGAAAAAAAAGACCUUCACACAUAUCACAAUAAGCAGUGUGAGCAAAGUCACAAUAAACCGUGACUGCAUUUUAGCAAUAACACCACUUGUAUGUGGUCAGUCGACGAACAAACCCUUAACGAUGCAUUACGAAGACAUUUUACACCGGGUAGGCCAUUUUGGCAAGUACCAAAAGUUGGUUAUCGUUCUCGUGUCUAUGAUAGAAAUCCCAACGGCAUGCCAUUUCCUAGCCCAAGUGUUUCUGGCUGCCAGCACCGAUCACUGGUGCAUGGUCCCAGCCAGCCAGGCCGUCAAUUGCAGCCGACUCCAGCUCGACUCGGUGUCCACCUGUCAGGAAGCACAGAAAAACGAGAGCAUCCCUUACGAGCUGGACGCCGAUGGGAACCGUGUCUACUCCUCGUGUGAGCGGUACUCGAUUGAGGAAGACAUAAGUGAAAACGCAACGGACGUUAUCGCCUGUGAUGCUGGCUGGGAUUUUGACAGAUCGCGCUACAAAUCAACCAUCAAUGAAGAGUUCAACCUGGUGUGCGACCGGGAGGACUUCGCUGGCAUCGCGCAGUCCGUCUGGUUUGCUGGUCUUUUGACGGGUUCCCUGGUGUGGGGAUCGGUGGGCGACUGGCUCGGAAGAAGAAAGACAUUUUUCCUUAGCCUGACACUGGUUUCUAUCUCGUCCAUUGUGACCGCUUUUGUUCCAAGCUUCGCUGCUUUCACCACCCUGCGAUUCUUCACUGCCGCUUGUGCGUGUGGAGCCGCCUUCAUGACGUUUGUCAUAUCGUUAGAGAUCGUUGGAGCAAGCAAGCGUGUACUGGUCGGGACGGUAGCGGCGAUUAUGUUUGCUCUCGGCUACAUAUUUUUGUCCUUCUUUGCGUACUUCAUACGGGAGUGGCGUCAUCUUCAGUUGGCAAUAUCGCUUCCAUACGUCGUCGCUUUUCUACUUCUACUAGUUUUUCCGGAGUCUCCACGCUGGCUGAUAUCUAAGGGCCGCUUCACGGAGGCUCGGCAGAUCAUUGCCAAGAUCGCCAAAGUGAACGGCACCGAGGUCCCGGUGAGCCUGCUUGAGAAUCUGGAAAACUUCCAGGACAAUGAAAAGGAUCACAAGCCGAAAUCUUUUCACCGAACGACUCUGCUCGAUCUUUUCCGAACUCCAAACAUCCGCAAGAAAACUUUUAUUAUCUUCUUUGCCUGGUUUGUAGCCAACAUGGCUUACUACGGAUUGUCUCUCAGCACCUCCUCGCUGGGAAUCGACGAUUACGUGGCCGCCUUCGUGUCGGCGGCACUGGAGAUUCCCAGCUACCUCUUCUGCUGGUUUUUCAUGGACAAAUGUGGCAGGCGGUUCUCCUUGGCCAGCCUCUUCGUGUCUGGUGGAGUCUUAUGUCUCAUAACCAUAUUCGUUCCGCUUGAAUCGAUACCGGAUCCAGCUAGGUUUCCUCGCGUUUUUUCGGCAUGUAAUCCGGACCCUUUUCUUUCAGCUGUUGGUGUCGGCCGCGUCGUGGUAGCUAUGAUGGGCAAGUUCGCCAUUUCUGCUGCCUUCAGCCACAUUUACAUCUACAGCUGUGAACUGUUCCCGACUGUCAUAAGGAGUGUGGGUUUGGGUGCGUCUUCAAUGGCAGCCCGCAUCAGCGGCAUUCUCUGCCCCAUCAUCCUUAUCCUGGGCAAAUACUGGGAACCUCUGCCCCUGUGUGUUUUUGGAGGUGGGUCCGUAUUGGCCGGGUUGCUGUCAUUAAUUCUUCCAGAGACCCUGUGCCGUGACAUGCCCGACACCGUACAGGACGGGGAGGACGCUGGUUUGGGUCUGAACCUUGGACGGUGCUGCCAGAAAGAUUCCCUCGACAGCAAUGACUCUAAACCUCUGGACAACUACCUCCCGCUGUCUACGAUCGAGAAAUCUCGAAAUGAGCGGGCUGUUUGA